CUCCAGCUUCGGCAACCCCCUUCCUAUACUCUCUCCAACGUGCCGCUUCUCCCUACCCUCUUCUCUAUAUAUCUAUCUAUCCUCCUUUGUCAUUGCAGAAACACUCCACCCCACUGGCAAUUUCACUAACUGAUUACCACCACCCCAACCAACCCAUUUGCUUGCAAGUCUAGCUAGCUGUCUGUGCCCUCUCACCUCCCACCUCACCUGGGUGCAGAGGAGCAGAAACGAUUUCUCCUAUCGCUCCCUUUCCUUACUUUCCGUUCCCUUGAUCCCACCUUAUAAGAUAAUACACCAGUACCUCACACACAGCCCCAGUGGAAUUCAUGGCCACCACUCUCCCCCCCGGCGCUUCCCACGCCGCAACAACCACCACCAACAACAGCACCGCAGGCCCCGGACCCAGCACCACCUCCAUCCGCCAAUCCGCCCGCCAAACCCGCACAAACCCCAGCCGCACCUCCAAAACAGCCAGCCGCGCCACCUUCGCCGGUCUAGGUCUACACGGCAGCAGCGGUGUGUACGGGCUCGGUGCCGGUGCCGGUGCCGGCGCUGCUGCUGCUGCUGCUGCUGGUGUAGGGGGCCCAGGUCUCGAAGCAUUCGGCGCGGCAGCAGGCGCUCACCAUAUCCCGCAUGGCCUCUACCCGGCCAUCACGCACUUCACGGACGCCAUCACGGCGCUGCCGAAGGAGUUUCGGAGACAUGCGUCGUUGCUGAAGGAGGUGGAUGGGAAGGCGUGGGCGUUGGAAGAGGCGUUGGCGAAACAGCUGGAUGCGGCGACGGCGUCGACGCCUUAUGCGAAAUUGAUGCAGGGGGGUGUUCCGACGAAGGAACCGAUCAACUACGACUCGCCUGAAGCACUUGCCCGCAGAAAGAUUUUCUUUGACCUCCGCGCCACCCUCUCCGACCUCAUGAUUACUACCGACGAGAAGAACCAUGUAUUGUGGAAUGCGAAUAAUGAGCUUGAGAAGCAAGUUAGACGCAUUGACAUGACCUUUCCAUACGUUGAGGGCGAGAUUAGUGAGGAGGCCCGUCUGGGCAGUCUCACACAUUGGGCGUAUUCGAACAAGACUGCGGCUAAGACAACAGGGAAUACAUCUGAGCGUCCCCGACGCGAGACUGCUUCUACCCGCGAUCAGAACCUUGCUGCUGCUCUCGAGGGUGAAGCUAGAAGAGAGGGCGGCUCCCGAAAACAUCGACGUACUCAAGCUGAUGCGGAUGGAGAAGACGGACGGAUUCCGUCGCGGAAAGGCACGGGUGGUAAAGGUAGAAGCGGCGAAACGCCCAGUAUCCCGAUUGGCACGGGUGGUGCAGUCGCGAGCUCUGCUGCACCCGCCAAACGGAGGAGAGUUGAAAAACCUCAACCCACUGCUUCAGCUGCCGUUGCCGCAAUGGAGAGGUCGGUUAGUGCGACGACAAAUACAGGUACUGGACGGGGUGCUGCGAAGGAGCCUUCUGCUACUGAUGGCGUGAAAAAGAGGGUGCGAGCACCUAAUGCUAAUCCUGGAGGGAGGAAAAGGGCGAACACAGCAGCAUCCGCGACCGGAUCACCAGCGCUUUUCCCUUCUUCCGCCGUUCCCUCCCUUAGCGCUUCUAUAAAGGCUGGUAACCCCGCUCCCAAUACUCUUCCGGGUCCACAAUCCUCCCGAUCACAACUCGGCAGCUCCCAGGUAGCCACUGGCCGUCAACGGCCCUCAUCUUCUGCGUCGAAUCGCGCGCCCAAUUCAAGUACGUUACCCGGACUUUCAACUGGAUCCAUCACCCACCAGGACGUCUCUAACCCGGUUGUUCCAAUCGCAGAAAAACCCCCUUCUUCGGACCUGAAGCCCUCCACAUUGUCACGGGAUACAGCUAGCGCUAGAAUGGAGCCCGGUUUUUCUACCCCAGCCGAAGUGAACGGCGAUGGGAAAGCCAACUCUUCUAUCUCUGCUGCCUCUAGACCCGCGGAGCCGGUACCAAAGCGGGAGGACACAGCCUCUGCUAGCUACAAUAGCGUCAGUAACGGAACCAAAACAGAACCCAACUCCGAAUCGAAUUCCGCGCCGCCACAGCCAAAAGGCCGCUCUUCCAAGAAUUCAACGCCAGUGGGCUCUACCUUUCCUGAAUCAUCGCAGCAACAGCCGCAGCCACAACGGACCACAAGACCUCGCGGUGGUAACACCACAGUAGCCGAUGGCGGAGGACCAGGCGGCUCCAGCACGACUGGCAACACUGUCACCGGCAUCACCAAGCGAUCACAUAAAAAGGGCGCAGGACUGGCCGCCACGCAGCAACUUAUCGCUGCUGUAGCCGCCACGGAAGACGAGGACUCGUCGCGCCAGGGGGAUGAUGAGGAGGAAGAAGGGGAGCCGAGGUAUUGUUAUUGUAACCAAGUUAGUUUUGGAGAGAUGGUUGCGUGUGAUAAUGAGACGUGUCCGCGGGAGUGGUUCCAUUUGUCGUGUGUGGGGCUGUCGAGGGCGCCGUUGAAGAGUUCCAAGUGGUAUUGCAAUGAGUGCAAGGACAAUCAGCGGAAAGGGAAAUCGGGCAAUGGGAAAUAGCGAUGUGAUAAUCGACGGAUGUGAUGUCCGCUUGUACUCCAUUACAGCUCUUCUUAUUCUACUUCUCCUAAAGGAUGCUAGCCACCAAAUUUGCAUCGAUUGUUCAUGUCUCUCUUUUUUGCCCCCUUGCUGCAGAUAGAUAGAUAUCCCUUAUUCUCCUUUACUUUUGUCCUAACCUACCUACCUCACGAAUGUUACGAAACUAGGAGAGAAAGCCGAGCCGGAUGGAUUCCUCAAACGGAUGGCAGAAUUUUGGAGCUGGGGCGUUUUUUCCUUAGUAAUUGACGCCUGACUCAUUCUCUUUUUUUGUUAUUAUUAUUUUCUUCUCCAGUCUUGCAUUUAAAUGGCUGCUGGCCUUCUCCACUUGGACUCCCUUGGGUCACAAUACAUUACUCUUCCAUUUUUCUUGUCUUUUUCCACUUUCACUCUCUAUAUAUUAAAACAUCGUCACAAACAUCUUUCUUUUCUUUUCCUUUUGGUUGUAUCUUGAUUUGGACAAAUAAGAACCAAUGCCGCUGGUCGGUUUAAGAACACAUUAACACUUUUUUCAAACUAGGUCUACAGAUGUGAUGUGUACAAUGAUUGUCAUAUACAAUUUGACCUAACUACUCCACACGUCGAUUUAAAAACAAAAGACGGCCAUGUGAUAACUCCCUAUCUAAUUGCAAUACUAAAUUGGAUUGAUGCAAAAUCGUAAACAAAUACACAUAUAUGCAUGAAUGCUAAAAUUCAGAGAAGAUAGAAGCAGAUAAUAUAAGAAAGGCGAAAAUGGGCACAGUCCCCAAUCUAUCCCUAUACCACUCACUACACGUCACAAGGUCUCACAGGCCCAAGACAUGCAA